ACAAAAAUUUUUUCGCUACUUGAUAAUGCUGCCUCUCACUUUAAUCCAAAUGAAGAACCUACUGAUCAAAAUAAAGCCAAUUCUGAUUCUGAAGAUGAGGAAGCUGAAUUAAGCAAUGUUGUUG